GCUCCGUGCAUUAACCAGCUGAGCUUCAGUGGAGCUGGACUGUAUGAAGACGACCGAACCCUCGGAUCCUUGCGUCCUCCACAGCUCUGGGAGGUGACAGCUGCGGGCGAGAAGACGGCGGCUUCUUCAGCACUGGAAUGUUGUACAGCUGACCAAUAAACUGAAAUGACCCAGAAACCUACCGAAGGACUGGAAUUAGCAGAGGACUGACUGACAGAAGGCCGUAUGGACGACGAACAAGAUGAUGCCCGUAAUUACCACAAUGAGCAUGGACCAGAUAUCCGAGUCCCUGCUCUGGAGGCCAUGAUUUAGCUUUAGAUUCCUCCAAGCUUCACCUCACCUCACCAGCCGCAUCAAAGAAUCCCACGCAUUCAUCCGAUUCGUUCCAAACCAUGGCAGCCGGAGGGAAAACACCCAUCUCAACCUCCCAAAAUGGAAAGCAAAGCCCGUUGCAGAUUUGAACGUCCGACAAAGAAAGCACCUCUGAUGUGUCCGGAGCUCCGUCAUGGUGGGUAGAAGGCUUCUGAUCCUGGGGGGCCGCGUGGGGCUGCUGGGGCUGCUCCUCUGCUCCUGCCUCGCCCUCCUCUACCUCCUGGCCUGCGAGCCCGGCCGCCGGCGCGCUUCCGCCCCCGGACGCCAGGCGGCGAUGUCCUGGCCGGGCGGCGCCACCAGCCAGGAGGGCUACCUGGCGUUGCUGCAGGAGAGGGAGGACAAACACAGACACUAUAUGAACAGCCUGACUCAGCAGCUGGCCCAGCUGAAGGAGGCUCUCCAGGAGAGGACCAGGCAGCUCCAGGAGGCUCUCCAGAAGGCCAAGGCCACGGGGGUGCUCCCCCUGGGGCUGGAGGGGCUGCGGAGCCCCCAGAUACACACCGACCUCCAGGAGUUCUUCCGGGCCCAGCUGAGCAGGGCUGAGGUCCAGACAGGGGAGAAGAUACCCAGCGAGUACGCUGUGGUCCCGUUCGACAGCUUCACCCUGAGGAGGGUGUACCAGCUGGAGACGGGUCUAACCAGACACCCGGAGGAGCGUCCAAUAAGGAAGGACCGGAGAGACGAGCUCAUUGGGGCGUUGGAGACCGCCCUGCAGGUCCUCAACACUCCAGCACACCAACGACCCACCGGCCGUCGCUCCUACGCCCCCUCAGACUUCAUCGAGGGUCUGACCCGUACAGUGAAAGACAAGGGCACUGUGUAUGAGCUGAUAUUCAAGGGCCAGGGGCCCCAGGACUUCAGACAGCUGGUUUUCUUCCGGCCCUUUGGACCCCUGGUCCGGGUGAAGAGUGAGAUGGUGGACACUCAGAACAUGCUCAUCAACAUCGUGGUGCCUCUCUCCAAGAGGGCGGACACUUUCAGACACUUCAUCAGCAACUUCAGGGACGAGUGCAUCCGUCAGGAUGGGAAAAUUCACCUCACAGUGGUCUACUUUGGGAGAGAGCAGAUCGACGAGGUGAAAGCGAUCAUGGACCAGGCGUCCAGGGAGACCCAUUUCCGGAACUUUACCCUCAUCCAGCUUAACGAGGAGUUCUCCCGUGGGCGUGGCUUAGAUGUGGGAGCGCGGGCCUGGAGGCGGAGCCAAAACGUGCUCCUCUUCUUCUGCGACGUUGACAUCCACUUCACCUCGGACUUUCUCACUUCCUGUCGACUCAACACGGAGGCCGGGAAGAAGGUGUUCUACCCAGUGCUCUUUAGUCAGUACAACCCAGCCCUGAUCUACAAUAACCAGACACCCCUCCCCCCUAUUCAACAACAACUGGUGAUAAGGAAGGACUCAGGUUUCUGGAGAGACUUUGGGUUUGGCAUGACGUGCCAGUAUCGCUCCGAUUUCAUCAACAUAGGCGGCUUCGACCGCAGCAUCAAGGGCUGGGGAUUGGAGGACGUCCACCUGUACAGGAAGUACCUGCACAGUAAGCUGAUGGUGAUUCGCUCGCCGUCGCGCAGCAUCUUCCACCUGUGGCACGAGAAGCGGUGCGCCGACGAGCUGUCGCCGGACAAGUACCAGAUGUGCAUGCAGACCAAGGCCAUGAGCGAGGCCUCGCACAGCCACCUGGGGGCGCUGUUGUUCAGGACCAAGAUCCAGGAGCACCAGCAGCGACAGAGGAACAGGAGGGAG